UCCGAGUACUUCUACAAACAUGUACAAGUUCUUCCUAAUCGCUGCCAUCGUAGCCGUCGCGUACGCACGGCCGCAGGAGGGGCAUGGUCACCACGCGUACUCCUCGCAGAGCAUCCACCGCCACGACGGACCCGCCCACGAGAUUGUCCACGAAGAACAUGACAAACAUGGACACGCGCACCCUAAAUACGACUACGAAUACAAAAUAGAGGACAAGCACACCGGUGACAUCAAGUCGCAGCACGAGACCCGCGACGGCGACGUCGUCAAGGGCUACUACUCGCUGCACGACGCCGAUGGCACCAUCAGGAUCGUGCACUACACCGCUGACAAGCACAACGGUUUCAACGCUGUUGUGGAACGCAAAGGACAUGCCACCCACAUCGUGCCCACUUCUUACAUCAACAUGUUCGGCAAAAUUGUAGCCCUUUGCGCGUUUGUGGCGGUCUCACAGGCAGGUCUCCUGCCCGAGCCGCACUACUCCUCCGCCGCCGCCGUGUCCUCCCAGAGCAUCGUGCGUCACGAUGAGGGUCACGCCACCAAGCUGAUCGCUGCCGCCCCCGUCGCCAAGCUGGCCUACCAAGCCGCCCCUGUUGCCUACCACGCUGCUCCCGCUGCCGUGACCUACCACGCCGCCCCCGUCGCUAAGGUCGCCGUUGCCGCUCCCGUCGCCUACCACGCUCCUGCCCCCGUGGCCUACCACGCUGCUCCCGCCCCUGUGACCUACCACGCUCCUGCCCCCGUCGCCUACCACGCCGCUCCCGUGGCUAAAGUCCUCGCUCAACCCGAGGAAUACUCCCACCCCAAAUACGAGUACUCUUACUCGGUUGCUGACGGACACACCGGCGACAACAAGUCGCAGCAGGAGUCCCGCGACGGUGACGCCGUGCACGGCCAGUACUCGCUGUUGGAGGCCGACGGUUCCGUGCGCACCGUGCAGUACUCCGCCGACGACCACAACGGCUUCAACGCGGUCGUGAGCCACUCCGCGCCUGCGCACGCGCACGCCGCCCCUGCUCUCCUCGCGCACCAUUAACUCAACCACUCUAGGUGAUAAGAUGACCGAACUGUAAAUAGUCAAAUAUUUA